CGGGUCAAGACUGCAAGACUAGACCAGGAAAUGAAACCUAAAUUGGCAAGAUUGGCCUGCAGUCAGGAAUUGAAACCUAAGUGCUAGGUUUCCUAAGCAUAGGGAGUAUUCCUGCAUUUGUCUGGCAGCAGCAGCUCAUUUCAGCAGAGGUGUAUUUAACAGCAGUUUCGUUACUAUGGAUGUUAACCCUGACUCCCCAUACUACAUCAACUUGCUUGACAGCAAGACUCACCCUGAAGAUCACAGAGAAUAUGUGAUGUUUCAUGGCUGCUCAAAACAGGGCGCAGAGUUGAUUAAAAGGGAAGGUUUCAAACCAUCAAGUGCAGAUAGAAUGCUUGGUGCUGGUGUUUAUGUUAGUCGGGACAUCCGAAAAGCCUGUAAAUACCCUCUUGAUGUUCCUGACUCUGAGAAAAGAGUACUAAAAGUCAGAGUGGAUGUCGGCAGGGUUAAGGAAAUAGACAAGCGGAACCACCCCAUGCAGAAGACAUGGCACACUGUGCAUGGCUUUGACACUGCCUGGGUUCCUCCUAAUGUUGGCAUGGUGCCGAGCAACCAACAGGAGAACUGUGUCUAUGAACCGAAGAGAAUCAAAGUCAUUGAGGUGAUGAAGGUUACCGAAGAGAACUUAUCUCAGUAUGAUCAUCUUCAGAGUGGAGUCACCCCUGAGGACAGUCACGUCUACGUGAUGUAUCAUGGGACAUCAAAGCAGGCUGCAGUAGAAAUACAGAGAAAUGGAUUCACACCAUCUAAAGUUGGCAUGCUUGGUGCAGGUGUCUACCUCAGUCGAGACAUCAGAAAAGUCAUUAGAUACCCCCUUGGUUCUUCUGACUCAGACAGGAUGGUUCUGAAAGUGAAGGUGAAUGUUGGCAGAGUUAAAGUCAUCAACAAAAAAGGUCAUGACAACCAAUACAACUGGCACACUCGUGGCUUCGACACUGCCUGGGUUCCACCUGGUGUUGGCAUGGUGCCGAGCAACCAAGAGGAAGACUGUGUCUAUGACCCAAAGAGAAUCAAAGUGAUGGCAAUGCUGGAUGUCGCCAACUUAAAAAAGGUAAACCCAUGGUUAACCCAUGGUUAAACACUAUGCAGUGGAACUGAUGAACUCUGCAUUCAGUGGGAGCAUCCAGCAUCACCUCAUGGUCACCAGAAGAGGAUGGUUAGAAUCAGACGGUCCAACAUGAUACAGCUCAUAGGAAGUAGAAGCUGAUGAUUUGACAUGGCAAUCUAUAUGCAAUCAAUCAUAUAACCUUAUCAUAUCAAAUAUUUUCGAAAUAUAAUCAAUCAUAUUUACUUGAUGUCAAUAAUGCAUGUGUAUCAAUGAUCAUAUGUUUAAAAAAAUGUUUUUUUCUUCCUGAUAUACACCUCAAAUAAAUAUGUAAAAGUUC